CUGCAGACCCGGAAGCGCAGUGAAGGACACAGGAUUGAAUUCUCAAGACUGAUCUUGUCUGAGGAAGAAGCCUGGAAGAGGAGGAAGAGGAAAGGAAGGAGUCUGGAAUGGCUGUUUAUCAGGGACGCUUGACAUUCAGGGAUGUGGCCAUAGAAUUCUCUGAGGAGGAGUGGGAGUGCCUGGACCCUGCUCAGAGGGCCUUGUACAGGGACGUGAUGGUGGAGAACUACAGGAACCUGGUCUCCCUGGGUGAGGAUAAUGUUCCUCCAGAAGUCGGGAUCUGCCCCAAAAGCUCUGCUAGAUUCAUGAUCAAGGAAUUAUUACCAAAGAAAGAAAAUAACAGAAAAUUAUGCCAACUAGUGGUCUUGGGAAGACAUGAAAGCCAUGGCCUUGAGAAUUUUGACUUCAGGGAAGUUUGGGGAAAUAUGUAUGAAUUUGAGAGUAAGUGUGGAUAUGAAGAAAGAAAUUCCAAAGGAGUGCUUGUGACAGAUACUGUAAAUCUCCCUGGUAGAAAAGAUAAACAAGACAGCAAAUCCUGGAUUAAUUUACCCAUAAAGCAGAGUGUUUCUUUAAGAAAAAGUGCUUAUCAAAAUUUUAAACAAGAGAAGUCAUUAGUAAAAAAUUUGUUAAAAAUAAAAAAUAAUAUAGUCUAUGCAGGAAGUAAGUAUACAAAAUGUUUUGAAAAUAGAAUUGGGUUAAGCUUUCAGUCACAUCUGGUUGAACUGCAGAGACUUCAAACCAAGGAGAAAAUUAAUGAAUGUGAUCAAGUUGAGAAGUCUGUCAAAACUUGUUCUUCAGUUUUGCCACUUCAAAGAUUUCUUCCUAGUGUCAAAACCAACCUUUGUAAUAAAUAUGGAAGGGUUUUUAUGUUUCCUUCAUUGUUCACACAGCACCAGAAAACAAAAAUUAGAGAAAAACCAUACAAAUGUAAUGAGUGUGGAAAGACUUUUAGCCAUCACUCAGUCCUUACUAGUCAUCAGAGAAUUCAUUCUGAGCAGAGACCUUACAAAUGUAAUGAGUGUGGUAAAGCCUUUAAGCAGUUCUCAAACCUCACAAGACAUCAGAGAAUCCAUACGGGGGAGAAACCAUAUAAAUGUAAUAUCUGUGACAAGGUCUUUAAUCAAAAUUCCCACCUUACAAAUCAUUGGAGAAUUCAUACUGGAGAAAAACCAUACAAAUGUCAUGAAUGUGGUAAGGCUUUUAUCAAAUGUUCAGAUCUCUGGCGUCAUGAGAGAAUUCAUACUGGAGAGAAACCUUACAAAUGUAAUGAAUGUGGUAAGGGUUUUACCAAACGUUCAUAUCUUUGGGAUCACGAGAGAAUUCAUACUGGAGAGAAACCAUACAAAUGUAUUGAAUGUGGCAAGGUUUUUAGGCAGUGGUCUACCCUCAGGAUUCACCGAAGAAUUCACACUGGUGAGAAACCUUAUAAAUGUAAUGAGUGUGGCAAGGCUUUUAAGCAGUGCUCACACCUCACUAAGCAUCAGAAUGUACAUCCUGGAGAGAAGCCACACAAAUGUACUGUGUGCACCAAGGCUUUUAUCCACAUUUCAAGCCUUGUGAAACAUCAGAAAAUCCAUUCUGGAGAAAAACCAUACAAAUGUAAUGAAUGUGGUAAGGCUUUUAUCCAAAGUUCAAGUCUUGUGGAACAUCAGAGAAUUCAUACUGGUGAGAAACCUCACAAAUGUAACGAGUGUGGCAAAGCCUUUACUGUGCGUUCAAGCCUAACUAAACAUAAAAAAAAACAUACUGGUGAGAAACCUUAUAAAUGUAAUGACUGUAAUAAAACAUAUACACAACUUAUACACCUUACUAGACAUCAGAAAAUACAUACUGAAAAGAAACAUUAUGAAUCUAGUAUAUGUGAUAAUGCUUUUAUUCAAAGCUCAAGCUUGGGGGAUCAUCAGAGAAUUCAUGGAAGAGAGAAACCUUACAAAUGUAAUGAGUGUGGCAAAUCCUUUAACUGGUGUUCACGCCUUACUCGACAUCAGAGAACCCAUACUGGAGAGAAGCCAUAUAAAUGUAAUGUGUGUGGCAAGGCCUUUAGUCAAAAUUCAAACCUUACGAUUCAUCAGAGAAUUCAUACUGGAGAGAAACCUUACAAAUGUAAUGAAUGUGACAAAGCCUUUAAGCAGUAUUCAAGCCUCAUAAGACAUCAGAAUAUACAUCCUGGAGAGAAACCACACAAAUGUGUGUGGUAAGGCUUUUAUCAAAGUUCACACCUUUGGGGUCAUGAGGGAACACAUCCUAGAGAGAAGCCGUACAAAUGUAUUGAAUGUGGCAAGGCCUUUCGACAAUGGUCUGACCUCAGGAUUCACCAAAGAAUUCAUGCUGAAGAGGAACCUUAGAAAUGUAAUGAAUGGCAUAAAUCAUUUAACCAUUUUUCACAAUACGCUAUAUAUACGUCAGAGAAUUUUUACUAGGGAGAACUAGUCCAAGAUUAGUCAACCUCAGAUGUUAAAUUCUUCACAGUAAGUAAAAGUCAAAAUCAUUUUAAGACUCAGAGAUGAGUGUCAGUGGAGCAAGGAGAGCUUUAGGAAUGUAGCAUUUCUUUUAAAAAGACUUCUAUUACUUGAGGUUCCUUCAAAGGCCUGCAUCACUCACUAUUGAUGUAAGUUUGGAAUUUGAUGUUAUACCUUCAUUACAUGUUUUUCAUGUGUUACCUUGAUGGUCUCUGGGAGCAGAUCAGUAAGAUAAAGGGCCUACUUUAUUAAAUGGGAAUCAUUCACAUCCAUAUAUCCUGAAGGAACACUGAAUUUUAACAUACAGUGUUUUGUGGAAUUGAAUGAGUACACGGGUUGGGCAGAGAAUAUAUGUAAAAGAAUGAUGUAAAUAAUAAUAUGUUCAGGAUCCCUUCUACAGAUUUGUCUGUGUAACAGAGGGCCACGGAUUAUCAGAAAACACUGCUCUGCCAGAGGAGCAUGAAACAGCAGGCUUUGAGAUUGAGAGACUUGAGAUUUUCAUGAUAUGUUAGUAGGGAUUGCUUAUGUGAUAGAAAUAAUGGAGAAAUGAUGGUCAUCCUCUCCCUUUAAUGAAAAUAGUGGUUGUAUAUCAAAGAUGAGCAAACAGUCUUAUUUUGGGGAACUAAAGAGCAGUUAUCAGAAGAACUUAAUCAAAACAACCAGAAUACAGUGUACAGGUAUAGUGUUCCCGUUCAACCACUACACUGAUGCUGUUUUACUCAGA